GUGGACCCUACGAGCGGGCAGCGUUCUCCUCACAUUAUCCACAAUUCAAUGGCUCAUCAUUUUGGAGAUGGCUUCUUGAUCUAGAUCGUGAGUUGCUAUCCUAUUCGGUUCCGAAAGAGUGUAGUGAGAACAAUAUCUUCAUUGUUCAAUGUCCUGAUCCUGAACAAGGGGCUAAGAGCGUGGAUGAUGAAAGGAUAUAUUGA